AUGCUUAUGUUAAAGGAGAUUAUUAGUGCAUGUCAAAUAGAAAACGAAAGGGAAAGAAAAACAAAUGAAGAACGUGAUAAAAAUGAAAAAGAACUUGAAAUGAAAUACCAAGUAAUUGUUAAAGAAAUUAAUGAUAUUCAACAAAGAAUCAAAGAAGUUGAAAGCACUUAUGAAUUAUUAACACAACAAGAAAAAAGUCUUAUGGAUCAAAUGAAUGAAACACAAGAAAAAGAAAAAGAAGUUGUAGAAAUUAUUCGACGUCAAGAAGGGGUUAUCAAAAGAAGAAAAGAAAAUGAAGCAGCAAUGAAACUGUUAGAAAGGGAAAUCGAAGUAAUAUCUAAAGACAUAAUUGACGCAAAAAAAGAGAGACAAGACAUUGAUAAAGAAAUUAUGGAAAUGAAUAAACAAGCAGAUAUCAAACGUGAAGUACUUUCAUUAAGAGAAAAAUAUGAAAAAGUUAAACCUAAUGAUAAUAUUUUAGAAAUUGUAAAGGAUAAAGAAAAAAGAAAAAAACAUAUUGAACAAGAAAUUAAAAGCCUUGAAGAAAAAUAUUCUCAAGAUAUGAAUGUCUCUAAACAAAAGAUCAAAGAAUUAGAAGAAAGAAAACCUGCUUUGAUUGAACAAAGGAAUGAGUUAAAUAGAAAAAUGGCAACACCAGAUUUUGGUAAACAAAAUAAUGACGAUGACUUAUUAUUCUAA